AUGUUACCACGAAUCAACGGAACAUACCAUGUCGCAACAAGUUUUUGGAGCAUUCCCUUUGCAAAGCGCGUCUUUGGGACCGCAAAAUUCAAAAGCUCGCAACUCCCGGUCUUUGCACUCGAAGAGGCCGGCGUGCAGGUCUUUUACCCAUGCGAAAAACCACAGUCCAGACGUGCUUUUGGGGUUGAAUGGCUGCACCGGGUACUCACGUUGGAUAUUCUACCCUAUCGUCUUUUGUUGAGCGCAAUCAUCAAGAUGCCACUAUUUCGGGACACACCUCUCAAAGCCCACCCUGACGGAGCCGAAUGGCCACUUGUCAUCUUCUCUCACGGACUUGCCGGGACUCGUACAACAUACAGCCAAAUAUGCAGUCGCAUUGCCGCUCAAGGAUACGUCGUACUAGCAAUAGAACAUCGUGAUGGAACAGGACCAUCCUCUAUUUACCCCAUCGACGGCAAAAGAGGGCCGCAUUACUACCUCAACGUGCAGAAUCUAGACUGGGAUGAGAAACUGAAAAAUCCAGAGACACCGAUGCCCUUACGCACUCAGCAACUUGACGUCCGCUACGUGGAGAUCUUGGAGGUUUUCAAAGCCUUCAAAGAAAUUGUCUCUGGAAAUGACUCCGUUGUGACCGUCUCUUCUAUCAUCUUUACGGGCCACUCCUUUGGAGGCUGCACAGGAUUUCAUAUUCUCACCCACUCCCCUCCAAAGGGCUACGACUGUCUGCCCAUCUCGAAAGCCAUUAUCCACGACCCGUGGAUGGAACCAUUUCCCGCCGACUUUGAACAACGGGUGGUGCGAGAGAAUCAAGCGUUCUCUAUCCCAGUGAUCGUCAUCAAUUCGGAAGAGUUCACUCUGUGGAAAUCGCAUUUUGUGCGUCAAGACACUUUACUCAAGCCCUGGGUUUCGCGCGCGGGUGAGAAUGCCGCGUUUGUCACGCUAGUCGGCUCAAGACAUAUGGCUUUCUCCGACUUUCCUCUCAUCACGCCGCUGAAUAAACAGAGGGCAAUCGCAUAUCACGACGACAUCCACGAGCUAUCUAUGGCCUUCUUGGAAGGCAGAAUACCAGCAUACCUCAAAUCCAUUCACAAGCGAGCAACCAUGACCAUGUCCGUCGAAAACCCAGACGACAAGAAGAGAAAGAAGAUAAAGGCCUCUCCCGAGACUAUAAUCAUCCAUCAUUCAUCACUACCAAACAAUGCAGCAGUCUCGAAACUUUGA